CUGUGUCUCUUCCUCCACCAUGUAGUGCUGACAGCAGGGCUCCAUCCAUGCCAUCUCUCUGCACAUCAGUCCUCACCCUGCACCGUGAUCGCGACAUAAUCCUCCAUCCAUCAUGCUGCAGCUGGGAGAUGAGUUGGUUUAUUUUUCGGUGGUGUUUCUGCUGGUGAUGCUGGGGACGAGGAGUGCAACGGGAGCUUCCCUCCUCACCGCAUUCCUCUACGUCUUCAUGGUCAUGUUCCGCUUUCCUCCGGUGCCGGCGGACCAGGCAGGCCGCGUCCUCCGGCCCCGGGCUCCGACAGGCGGCGUGCCGGUGGUGGCGCACCGUGGGGGGAGCCACGAUGCUCCGGAGAACACGAUAGCAGCGAUCAGAGAGGCCAGCAGAAAUGGGGCUACAGGAGUGGAGCUGGAUUUGAGUUUCACUGCUGAUGGAGUGGCCGUGCUGAUGCAUGACGAGACUGUGGACCGCACCACCAACGGAUCUGGACCAGUCAGCAAACUGCAGCUAGUCCAGCUUAAGAGACUUGAUGCUGCUGCCAGACACAGGCUAAAGGACAAGUUCAGUGUUGAACGGGUCCCAACUCUGCAGGAGGCAGUGCAGGAGUGCAUCAAACACCAGCUGACCAUCUUCUUUGAUGUUGGAGGUGAACCUGAUAAGGCAGCAGCGGUUCUUCAUGAGAUGUACAAGAAGUUCCCUGUCCUUUACAACUCCAGCAUCGUCUGUUCCUUUGAGCCAAAAGUCAUCUACAAGAUGCGGCAGACCGACUCCAGAGUGGUCACGGCUCUCACCCACCGACCCUGGAGACUGAGCCAUUUUGACGACGGCACUCCUAAAAGCCUGUCCACAUGGGGCCAGGUGUGGAUGGGAAUUCUGGACAUCUUACUGGACUGGGCCCACCACCACAUAUUGUGGAAGCUGUGCGGAAUCUCUGCCAUCCUUGUGCAGAAAGACUUCAUCUCGCUGGACUAUGUUCAGUACUGGGCAGAGCGAGGUGUGGAGGUGGUGGGCUGGACUGUAAACACGGCUGUGGAGAAAGAAUACUACCAAAACCUGCUGAAGAUCAGCUACAUCACUGACAGCCUGCUGGAGGACUGUGACUCUCUUUACUGAAUGAUUACACAACCAUACACAUACAGAAAACGUUUACUUAGGCCACUUUCAGGACUUUACCUAGAUUCAGUUUCAACAGGGACUUUC